CCAAGAUUCAAUCAACAAGUCCUCAUAGACACCACUCCCCUCCCCGACGACAUCCCCAAAGUCGCAGAAGUUGGCGCAUCCUCUGCUCCUCUGCUCUCGGCCUCCUUCUUCAUCGGCGCACGAUGCAAACCUUACAAUGACGACUUCAUGCUCUGCAAGACCGAGGCAAAUGGAAAGGGAGAGACCGAGUGCUUGAAGGAGGGAAGGAAGGUCACACGAUGUGCUGCCAGUGUGCUGGAGGACAUCAACAAGAGCUGUCUCGAGGAGUUCAGGAAGCACUGGCAAUGUUUGGAUAACAACAACCAGCAACUAUGGCAAUGCCGGAAAAUGGAGAGGGGCCUGAACAAGUGCGUGUUUGAGAAUUUGAAGCUGGAGAAAACCAUUCCGGGUGCACCAGAGAACGAGACACCCGUGCAUCUGCGGAAGAGGCAGAUAUAUGCUCAUAGUAUCUUCGGUAAGUCCCAGCUUGUGGUUUUGGACGCAGUCCUUACUGACUCUUUCAUAGGCCAAUAG